AUAUCAAUGUCAAACCAAGUUUAGUCAGAGAGGGAUUGGUGUAUAGAAGUGGAAAGCAAGUUAAACCCAAAAAAAAAAGGAAGUUUCUUUCUCAUUGCCUUUCUCAUACCCCUGAAGAAUUGGGUCUUUCUUGGGAUGGUCUUCCAGAAGUGGGUCUUGGAAUUUUGAUCUUUUUGUUAGAUUCUUGGUACUUUCUUGUGAUUGACACACAGGUUUGGUCAUCAUUGCCUCCUCUUUUGAGGUAUCUCUUCUGGAACAGGUAAACCUCAAGGUUCAAAAGCAUUUCAACCGAGCGUGGCAUCCCCAGGUGCUUGUUUGUGAAUCGAAGCAACAAACAGCUAAAAUCUAUGGUACAAGAAAUAUUUCCCAAGAACUGAGUGAUUUCAGAAACAAGGAAAUGUCUUUAGUUAGGCCGGCAGGGCAAUCUGACACAUCAUAUAGGAAUUCCAAGCUCUACACAUUGAAGGGGAGCAGUGACAACUCUGGCGUGACAACCCGUACAUUCAGCUCUGAUAAGCGCAAGAACAUGCAUAUGACUGAUUCUUACCACAGUGAGAGUUAUGAGAAGUACUUUCUUGACUCCCCAACAGAAGAACUAAGUCACCAGUCUAGUUCUGGAAUAUCGGAAACUUCAUUACGCCCACAAGCUGCCUUGUCUUACCAGUUGAGAACUAGUUCUGGUUCCUCUAUGACUGCUCAAGAUGCUUAUAACACCACCUCUUUGGUUUCCAUGGCAUAUCAUAGUACCAAUGAAUCCAAUUUUGAGUCAGCUUGCGUGGAAAGUCAAAGCCCGGAUACAUUAGACUUUGAUGAAGAUAAGAUGAGAUUAAAGAUGCGGGAACUGGAAAGGGCAUUACUUGAUGAUAAUGAUGAUGAAGAUGACGGAGACAUUUUCUGCACGGGUCGAAACAUGGAAAUUGAUGGUGAAUGGUCUGAACCAAUAAAUGAUGCAUCGCUGCAAGACUCGCCUAAGGAAUCUUCCUCCUCUGAUUCAAACUUAAGUAGCAUCAGCAGUAACAGAGACAUAUCACAAGUAUCUCCUCGGUCUCGGUCUAUGAAGCGAUUGCUUUUUGACUGUGCCAAUGCACUUGCAGAAGGUAAUGUUGAGGAAGCAUUAAAUAUGAUAAAUGAUCUUCGGCAGAUGGUCUCGGUUCAAGGAGAUCCUCCUCAAAGGAUUGCAGCCUACAUGGUGGAAGGUCUGGCUGCUCGCAUGGCUGCCUCUGGCAGAUAUCUCUAUAAAGCUCUCAAAUGCAAGGAGCCCCCUUCUUCUGAUAGGCUUGCAGCCAUGCAGAUACUCUUUGAAGUCUGCCCAUGUUUUAAAUUUGGAUUUAUGACGGCAAAUGGUGCAAUAAUCGAGGCAUUUAGAGAUGAAAAGAGGGUUCACAUAGUAGAUUUUGACAUAAACCAAGGGAGCCAAUACAUAACACUGAUGCGAACAAUUGCGGAUGGAACAGGCAAACGACCCCACUUGAGGUUAACCGGGAUUGAUGACCCUGAGUCUGUUCAACGCACUGUAGGGGGGCUAGAGAUCAUCGGUAAAAGGCUUGAGAAACUUGCUGAGGCACUGAAUGUGCCAUUUGAGUUUCGAGCAGUGGCAUCGAAAACGUCAGUUGUCAGCCCAUCAAUGCUCAACAUUUACCCUGGGGAAGCACUGGUAGUAAAUUUUGCUUUCCAGCUUCACCACAUGCCCGAUGAGAGCGUCUCAACAGUAAAUCAGAGAGACCAGCUUCUCCGAAUGGUCAAAAGCCUGAAUCCGAAACUUGUAACCGUCGUUGAACAAGAUGUUAAUACCAACACAUCCCCCUUCUUUCCAAGGUUUGUAGAAGCUUAUAAUUAUUAUUCAGCAGUUUUCCAGUCUCUUGAUGUUACCCUCCCGAGGGAGAGCCAGGACAGAAUGAAUGUUGAGAGGCAAUGCCUAGCACGGGACAUAGUAAACAUAGUAGCAUGUGAGGGAGAAGAAAGGAUAGAGCGGUAUGAAGUAGCAGGAAAAUGGAGGGCGAGGAUGACAAUGGCUGGCUUCACUUCGUGCCCAAUUAGUCCGAGUGUAACUAACAUGAUUCAGAAUCUUAUCAGGCAGUACUGCAACAGGUACAAGGUGAAGCAGGAAAUAGGUGCACUUCACUUUGGCUGGGAAGACAAAAACUUAAUUGUUGCUUCAGCAUGGAGAUGAAAAGGUAUCAUUUAUUACCAUAGCCACUACUUUUGCUCAACUAUUAACUAAGCUCUGUUUGCUUGUAGUUUCUUAUGAUUUGUGGGAUAAAUAUGCACACUGACAUACAAUCGUAGCUGUAAAAUAAGUGGGUUUUUUUUUUAUUUCGAUGAGAAUUAAACCCUCAAGUAUUAUUAGUGGAUUGCUAAUAAACCAUUGCUUCAUGGAAUUUUUGUUCUGUGCUGCAAUUACUUUUACAUGAUUACAAUGAUUUCAUUUUCUA